UUCAUCCGCUCACACCAGUCUUCCGUUGAUCGUCGAGCGCUGAAGUUCAUCGGUGCGGCACCCUCGAGCAACGUCGGGCGUAAAUUGCAAUCAAAACCAACACCGUGUGCGCUUGUGUGUCUGCGCCUGUUAACGUAUGCCUUACGUUCAAAAACCACGACCGGUUUGAGAUGCUCCUGAUGAACCUACAGCGCUUAUCAGCUAGUUCACUUGGAGGCCGAUCCCUGUGCCGAAGACUCACAACUCAACCCAACACCCAACAUCCAGAAUCGGUAAAGCGGCAGCUACGACAGACCCAAACGCAGCAUGAGUCGCCACCGUACAAGGGCCAAAGUUUCGAUGAGGUCGUGGAGCUGCGUAAGCAGUACCUGACGCCAAAUGUGACCUCGUAUUACAAGAAGCCGUUGUUAAUUCAUAAAGGCAGCGGGUCACAGCUGUUUGACCAGGACAAAAGCUAUUUGGACAUGUUUGGUGGUAUCGUUACGGUGUCUGUAGGCCACUGCCAUCCGAAAGUAAAUGCCGCCCUCGAAGAACAGCUUCGCACCCUGUGGCAUACGACGAACAUUUACAUGCACCCAAAGCUGCACCAAUAUGCGGAGAAGCUGGUCGCUAAAAUGCCGGGCGAUCUGAAAAACGUUUACUUUGUCAACUCGGGCUCUGAGGCGAACGAUUUGGCCAUGAUGAUUGCGCGCCUGUACACAGGCAACCAUGACAUCAUCAGCUUCCGAAACGCUUAUCACGGAGCGUCGCCAUAUACGAUGGGCCUGACGGCGCACUCUACCUGGCGCUAUCCGCUGCCCGGUCUCAAUAGCGGCAUUCUGCACGCGAUGAAUCCCGACCCCUACACGGGAAUCUGGGGCGGCAAGCAGUGCCGUGAUUCGCCGGUACAAACUACACGCAGUUGCGACUGCCAGGAGGGCCAGUGCAAGGCGACGGAUAUGUACUAUGACCAGCUGGAGCAGCUAUUCAAAUACUCUCUGCCGCGCGGCAAGGUGGCCGGCAUGUUUGCUGAAUCGAUUCAGGGCGUCGGAGGCACUGUGCAAUACACCAAGGGCUACAUAAAGCGGGCCGCCGAGCUUGUGCGAGCAAACGGUGGACUGUUCAUCUCGGACGAGGUGCAAUCCGGUUUCGGUCGCACUGGAGAGCACUAUUGGGGAUUCGAAGCCCAUGACAUCGUGCCGGAUAUAGUGACCAUGGCGAAAGGAAUCGGAAAUGGUUUCCCUAUGGGUGCGGUGGUUACUUCGCGCAAAGUGGCGGAGGUACUGUGCCAGGCCCUGCAUUUCAACACCUUUGGUGGCAACCCGCUCGCCUGUGCGGUCGGAAUGGCUGUUCUGGACGUCAUCGAUGAAGAGGAGCUACAAAAAAACUCACUUGAUGUAGGCACCUACAUGUUGAAGGGAUUGGAACGGCUCCGGGACAAGCACGAUGUAAUUGGGGACGUGCGAGGAAAGGGAUUGAUGAUUGGUGUGGAGCUGGUUGCCGAUAAAGAAACGCGACAGCAUCUGAGUGCACCGCAUUUUGUCGACAUCUGGGAGAUGUGUAAAGACAUGGGCGUUUUGUUCGGCCGCGGUGGUCUGAAUGCAAACGUAUUGCGUAUUAAACCGCCAAUGUGUGUCAAUCGAACGGAUGCUGACUAUGCACUGGCCGUCAUCGAUUAUUGUUGCGAUCAGUACAUGAAGAAACAAAAGCGUGGCUCCAGACGCUGACUCUUGUCAAAUGUGUUCUACUGUGAUUUUUGAGAUUCCCUUCAGGUUUUGGACACCUGCAUAUAUUUUAAGUGCAAGUAUUUUUUAUGAUUAAGUAAGUUUAUGCCUGCUCUUACGAAACAUUACAUUCCAUAUUUUAUCUGUGAUGUAAGACUGUGAAACAAUAAAAAGAAAAACAAUAAAUUCAACUCUUUGAGUGGAUACUAUUUCGGAUAACAAAUGAAA